GUCGGUCGGGUAACAAGUCACCAGAUGAUUGCAACUACAGCUAUAGCUCUCGCCGAAAAGCGGAUUGUACCUUCUCCCUCACCAAUUCCACCACAAUCGUCCAUCAUGCCUCCAAAACGUAUGACCGCAAACCCCAUGAAACCUCUGCGCUACCGGCCAGGGAAACCGAUUGCGCCAGAAGAAUCGGACUCUGAGGAAUCAGAAGGCUCUGAAGUUGAAGAGUCUGAAGAAGAGCCUCAACUGCCCAGCAAAAAAGCCACCUCGGAAGCUCCCGCGAAGGUCUCUACCGCUCUCAAGAAGGUCGACCUCAACAAGCGAUUCGAAGAAGGUCGUAAAGAGGAGGAACAACGUGCAGCGGAAGAAGCGAAGAAACGCGCUGAGGAAGAGAGCAGCGAAUAUUCAACGGCCGACGAGGAGGAGGAGGAAUCUGAGGAGGAGGAAUCCGAGGAAGAGGAAGAGGAAGAGGAAGCCCCGAAAAGAGUUCUUUUAAGGCCUAUGUUUAUUCCGAAAGGGAAGCGUGGCGCUGUUGCCUCUUCGGUUCCAGACCCGGAGGUGGAGGCAAAGAAGAGAGCUGAGGAGGAAGCCCGGAAGAAAGCCGAGGCAGCAGCACUUCUUGAAGAACACAUUCGUCGCGACGCAGCAGCCAAAGCCGCCGGGAGAAAAGGUUGGGACGACGAUGAAGAUGACGGGGAGGGACUAGACGACACAGACGACCUUGAUCCGGUCGCCGAACGUGCCUCCUGGAAGCUCAGAGAGCUAGUUCGUGUGAAGCGGGAACGGGAAGAGCUGGAGAAGAUUGAAAGGGAGCGGGAAGAGAUCGAACGCCGAAGGGCAAUGGAUCCCGAAUUGCGAAAAAAGGAGGACAUGGAGUACGUCAAGAAGCAACGCGAAGAAAAAAUGGAGAAUAGGGGUAAAAUGGGGUUUAUGCAGAAAUAUUAUCACAAGGGUGCAUUCUAUCAGGACGAUUCGGAGAUCUUAAAAAAGGACUACGCGACUACUGCUGUGGAGGACGAAGUCAAAAAUCGGGAUAUGCUACCAAAAUACAUGCAAGUUCGAGGCGACGAGGUUGGAAAACGUGGAAGGACUAAGUGGACACACCUAACGGCAGAGGACACGAGCAUGCAAAACGGAGGAAGUCCUUGGUUCGACAAGAACGGUAUCAACAAGCGGGCUUCCGGGAAGCUGGGCGGGAUGCAGGACGAUGAGAGAUUUCAGCCAGACGACAGGAAAGACCGAGGCGGCGAUGGUGACCGCCGUGAACGUGCGCCCAAAGGAAGAGAUGACCGAGACCGAGAUUUCGGUGAUAGAAGACCCCCUGAAGGCCCGCGGGGUUACCCUGGGAGUGACGGCGAGAGAGGCGGAUACCGGGAUCGUCAUGUUCCGCGUGCUGGAGGUUUACGCCGAGACCGUUCCAGAUCUCCAUAUGAUAGGGAUCGUCGGGAUUAUGGUGGAUAUAAUAGGGGCAGAGAUGAGGAGCGAUACGAUUGGGAUCACGACAGGGACAGGGGUGCAGGCAGGGAGAGAGGCAGGGACAGAAAUGGAGACAGAGACAUAGAUAGAGAUCGCAAGAGGCCACACUCCCCGCCAAGGCGAAGAAGAGAUGACGAUGGCGAGAAAAGACGGAGGACGGAAGUGCGAUAAGGGAGGUGGAGAGGAAUAAUAUAAUAUCAUGUACUAUAGAAAUUUCAGCAUAGCACUGCACAACU